AUGAAUCAGUUUGGGUCCCGUUUCCUACCCCAUACUACAUCUCAAAUUCGUUGUGUACUACCGCUAGUGGCGGAGAGACUACUUCUCAUUGGCCACGAUGAGGGCCUUUCUGUCCUUGACAUAUUUCCUCAGGAAUGGACUGAGAAUGGAGAAAUUGCAGUGAAAGGACCUGACGAAGCACAGGCCAGAGCCAUCUGGCGGGGUGAGAGUGUCUACCAGAUGACUGUCCUCGAAGUCGAGGGUCGAAGAGAAGGCACACCACAAGGCGUGGUUCUUGCCCUCGUUGGACCGGAGUCUGAAUCACAACACCAUUCGGGAGCACUUCGAAUGUACAACCUUGCCAGUCUAACUAGCUUAGCACGAUGGGCUGUAGCUCAGAAGCCCGAACCAGCUACCUCUUCUUUUCAAUCUUUGCUCACUUCUACCUCAUCAACCACGGGGUUUCCGCGCACUCCUUCCGGUUCUGAGCGCGGUAGUCCUGCAAGGCACGGUUCAGAGGAAUCAGCCUGGGACAUGGUCGAUGAUCUUCCUUUGCGUUGGGCCACAGACUUCGUACCGCUAGCAUCUCCGGGAUCGCGACUGGUAAAUACCUCAGUGACUUCGUAUGCUACGUGGUACGACGUAAAUCGCAAAGGGGGAGGUGGGCAACUUCUUGCCAUAGCUACAAAGUCGAACAUUUUCCUCUACGAGACUCCCAAAGGAGAAAGAGCCUACAGAUUCGUCAAGGACUUCUACACGCCCAUGCAACCAAAGAGCUUGACCUUUUUCAAUCAGUCGGUUCAAGAAAAUGCACGGAUACCGCCAGAGAAGUCACACAGACGAUCAGAUAGCAGCGGAACUAUUCGCAUAGAACCCCGCAACUCAUCAGCAUCAACUAAUUUCAAUUAUGGUACCCAUCUCAGUCUCUUUGUCAUCUUCGACAAGAAGGCCGGCUGGAUACGCCUGGCAGACUCUGCUGUUGGAGAGUUUUUCUUGAGCGAAGAUGAUGGACCACCACCAACGCUUCAACCCCGCGACACCUUUAGUUCAACGCUCAGCCAGUCAACUAUUCGCUCAAGAUCUCGCCUCUCCUCUGAAAUCCGAGAAACAGGAGCGAAAUGGGUUCCUCCAGUGAGGUGCGAACUGCCUCUGCCUGGCUACCCAGGCGGUACACGCGAAGUAUAUUGCCUCAGCCGCGGAAAGCGGACACACAUCUUACCAUGUCCACUCCCUGUUCGUUCACAAUCACAACCUCCUCUACAUGUUGUUUACUGGAAAACUGCUCCAAAAUAUGUCGCGCCUCGUGUUUGUCUGCCACCUCUCACAUCUAUGGUUUCUCCGCUCAGCCCAAAUAAUUGUAAACCACCGCUCUUCCAGCUUAUUGCCUUCGGCGAGAAUGGUAUCGAAAUUCAAGAGUUGUCGCUAUCCUUUCUAGAUACCACUAGUAAAGGCAAGGCGAAGGCUACUUCUGUUGAGGUUUCAUGGGCGGAGGAGGACCUCGGAGGCGAUACAGGCUUCCUGGCUCCUGGUGGAAAUUGGGAUUUAACAGAGCGCCUCUAUGGCCAGGGUCUUGAACGCGGUUACUCAGCUAUGAGUGCCUCUUCUGGUUAUUCGUUUGCCAGCGCGGAAACGGAAGACAUUGCGGAAGGCUUGAAAGCACAAGCCGGUGUCUAUGGUUGGUGUCGAAAAGGGUUUGCGGAUUGGCGUGUGUUUUGGGUUGGAGGGUCGCAUUCGGAUCUCAGUCUUGAAGAAGUGGAGGAUCCAUAUUGAUUCGGAUGGACGGGAAGUUGCCAGGACAAUAUUCGAUUGUACACAUCUAUCGCUUGUUGUAAAACUCUAUUAGCUUGUACUAAACGUUCGAAAUCUCACGAUAACAGAUACUUGGGACGGUGGUACUGU